GGCGCCGGCUGGGCAGCGGGGGGCUCGGCUCCGGGCGCUGAUCCCCUAGCUCGGCCACGCGUCGGGCGCCGGGGCUGCUGCGGGGACCCGGAGGCUGCGGCUCGGCCUGACGCGGCCCCUAGCUCCCCGGCCGCGGGUCCGACGCAGCCCGGCCGGAUGGAGGCUCCCGGUGGGGCGGGGAUCCCAGAACGGAUUAAAGAGCCCCAAACGCUGGAGCGAGCCGCCGGCAUCCCGGCACAUGGGCCGGUGGAGGAGCCUCCCAGCCCCCCUGCCGAGGAGCAAGGCGGGGUCCCCAUCCCCAGCUCGGGCCUGCUGCAGGUUGCUGAACGGAGACAGCCCCUGAGCAGCGUGUCCUCCUUGGAGGUGCACUUCGACCUGCUGGAUCUGACCGAGCUGACGGACAUGUCGGACCAGGAGCUCGCCGAGGUCUUCGCCGACUCUGACGACGAGAACGUCGCCAGCGAGUCCCCUGCCGGGCUGCACCCUCCCCCACUUCCUCGGGCCGGGUGCCUGCGAUCCCCCUCCUGGACAAGGACCAAAGGCGAGCAGGGGCGGGAGAAGAAACACCUCAGUGACUCGGAGCUGCAAGCAGGCAUCGUAGACACUUUCCUGGCGGUGGAGAGGCCCCAGGAGGACUAGGAGGCUGGGAGCCACAGUGGGAUCUGAGCCAAGGUGCCAAGCCGGGGGUGUGCACUCUUGCACUUACCUCCAAUUCCAGACAGUUUGUGACCUUAACAGACUCCUACUCCUAGAGAGACGAGCAAACCCUGCUGGCUCCGUGUAAUGCAAAGCUCCCCCCUCAGUGCGGCCGUAGCACGUGGAUCAGCUGUGCCAGGGCACUGGCCGUGCUGGGCAAGGAAUUCCAGCGAGGAGACAGAUCAUCAGCACGCUGUCUUAGCACUUUUUUAACCCUUUCUUGCUCACUCUGUACAAAACCUGGCCAGGCCGACAGCAGCAAGGGCAGGGCCUAGGGCCAGGAGAGAGCCCAGCUGCACGGAAGGGAAAAGCAGGUUUGGGGAGAAUUGCGUCUUUCUGGAGAAAAGCCCUCUGGCUGCAGGUGAGUUAGGAGCGGGGGAAAGCCCCCAUUCUUCCCUCAGGGCAGGAGGGAGGUAACAUCCAAGGAACCUGGGGGCAAACAACCACGCUGGUUCUUCCCCAAUGAAGUGCUGGAGCUCAGAGCAGAACCCAGCUGCCUGGGGGCCGCCAGCCAAGGUGGGAUUUAGCCAUCACUUGCUAGAAGCACAUUCUCGUCCCUGUGGCUUUACACCUGUACGGGCUUUAGCUCCGGUGUAAGAGCAGCACUACUGAAGAUGCCAGCCUGGGAACAGCAGCCCGUGCUCAUCUCCCACUGCGAGCCUGCCCAGGGAGCUCUGCAGUGGGGCUGGCUCCUGUGAGCUCACGUGGCUGCGAGGAACCCAUGGGUCUGAAUUACGACUGCUUUGCCGCUGUUACAAGGAAGCCCAGUUCCAUCUCCGGAAGUGGCAUGGGGUCGGGGGCAGUUGGACAGACGUCUUUUUGUGGUCAAACCGGAUUAGGCUGAAGCGAGCUGGAGCAUGGGAACAUGAGCCCGACUGCACAGAUCCUGCUGGAGGGGGCCCUGGGGUGAGGCAGGAGAGGCUGUGUUUACUUGAUCCUUUCACCAUUGACACAAGCUGCUUCAUGCUAAGGAGCAGAACGGAGUCGAGGGGGCCUGGGAGAGGAACGGGGCCUGUGCUGUGCCCAGAAAACAAGAGGGGCUAAGCUGGACAUCCUGUCCCCUUCAAACCUUAGCCUCACUUGAAUUGUUGCCACACUCCUAGCCCCUGCUGUCCACCUGGAAUCUGUCGUGUUACCAAACUUUUCCUACCUCCUCCCGGGGGUGGGGUUAGCCUGUUCAAUGCCCCUACGGCCCAAUCUCACUAAGCCCAGCUGUUCUGCAGGGGGAGCCGGACGGUGCUAGAAUGUCUUCGCAGGCUCCCUUCACAACUGCUGCUGUCCAUCCCGCCGAGCCCCCGGGGCAGUCUAGUCUUCAUCUCCUCCCUUGUUCAGAGCACCAAAUAAUGCCAAGGCUGCCUCAGGAGCCAUGGCAACUUUCUUAAAAGACAGUUACAAAGGAGGGAUGGGGAGGGGGCAGGUCUUCCCCUCCUUCCACCCUCCCUUGGGUAAACUGGGGAAUCCUCAUUUUCUGCCAUUGUGGAGAAGAAACUCUCCUGCCGACCCAACGUCUCUUGCCUCACUGUAGCAUGGCGUUGGGCGUGUGGCUGCCUUCUGUCCCUGCAGUUCUGUGUGCGCAGUAGUGUCUGGGCCGGGGCUAUGUCGUCCUGUCCCGUCUGGGAAGCACCACUGCUGGCUCUGCUUAGGACCCCUGGCCCCUCACACCUUGCAGGCUGCAGUUAGUGGACCGCUGGCAAGGUAGCCUGGCUUGGAGGCUAUGUUCACAAGAGGGAAAGGAGACAACCCAGGGGUGGCCAGCACAACCAGUCCCAUACAGCUCUCUGCAAAGCUCAUCUUUAGUGCACAACAGCAGCAUUGCGAAGGGAGUAUAGUAACAGUUGGGUGGGGGGACCAGUCUGUCAAGGGAUUUGAAAUAAUUAGGGCCCUACCAAUUUCAUGGUCCAUUUUGGUCAAUUUCAGAGUCAGGACUUAAAAAACAAUCAAUUUCAUGAUUUCAGCUAUUUAAAUCUGAAAUUUCAGUGUUGUAAUUGCAGGGGUCCUGACCCAAAAAGGAGUUGUGUGUGUGUGUGUGGGGUCACACGGUUAUUGUAGGGGGGUCACAGUAUUGCCACCCUUAGCUCUGGGCUGCUGCUGGCGGCUGGAGAGCGGCGGCUGCUGACGGGGAGCCCAGCCCUGAGGGCAGAGCCGCCGCCAGCAGCAGCCCAGAAGUCGGGGUGGCCUGGUCUGGAAUUGCCACCCCGACUUCUGGGCUGCUGCUGGCAGGGAGCUGCCUUCAGCGCUGGGUGCCCAACCAACAAGUGCCAGUCUCCGGCCACCCAGCGCUGAAGGCAACAUAGAAGUAAGGGUGGCAAUACCGUGAACCCCCCCGCCUGCCCCCGCAACUCCCUUUUGGGUCAGGACCUCCAAUUUGAGAAACGCUGGUCUCCCCUGUGAAAUCUGGUCUUUUGUGUGCUUUUACCCUCUACUAUACAGAUUUCACGGUCCGUGACGCUUUUUUCAUGGCUGAAAAUUGGGUAGGGCCCUACAAAUAAUGCCCCAGUCAUUGGACCAUGCCCUCUCUCUCCUCUACCAAAUUUGGAAAAGAGGGCCAGAUCUUUGGGGUUGGAGGAACCACAGCUCUUGUUUCUGCCCUGUGGAGUCCAGCUGCAGUGAAAUUCAGAUGCAGCAUGGAGAGCGAGGGUCCAGCAGGCCUUUCUCUGGGCUGCACCCGAAUUUCAUGGCCUGACAGUGGAGCUGCUCCUGAUUGUCAUGUAAAUCAGGCCAGCUGCCAGCUGGAGCACACCUCAUGCUUCAGCUGACACAUGAGCCAUGAGGGGCUUCUGGAGCAGCUUCCAAAAUAAAUUCCCUGCUUCGAGCCCAGAGUAGCAGUUUGGGCUGGUUUGCAGCUUUCAUUCAGAUCCGUGCUGUUGCUAUCCCAGUGUCCCACAUGUUAGUUAUAGAGUGCCAGCAGCCCCCUGGAAAAGGAAGGCUCCAACUCUGAGGGGUGCAGGGGGCUUGCAAGGGAGGGAUUUCUUAAAAACAAUCUCCCACCAAAGCAGGAGCUGGUUAAACUCCUCCUCAGAGCUCCAGCCCGGAGCCACCCGGUCACCAGACUAAAAGAGCAGUUAGGUCGUGAUGCCAGCAUGACACUAUAAGGACUUGGGUGGUUUUAAUCUAAGUCUUAAGGUAUCUCUAGGACACACACCUGCACCCUCCAGCUGUUGAGCCAUUCUGCUCUUGUCCUGUACUUUUCAUUGGUUGUGUAGCAGCUUUCUGUACUGUUAAAAAACAAACGUAUCCCCACGUGCCCGGC